UAAACUAUUACCUAAACCACUACGUAGAAAAGAACAUGGCGUCCUCUCCGUCCGCCCGGCGCCGCCGCUUGCAGUAUCUCUCGCCGACCGAAACCCUAGAAAUUGGCGGCGGCGGCCUGUCCCUCUCCCCGCGUGUGAAGCUCCUCCUCACGUUCUUCCGCUCUGAUCCUGCCGUUAAGCCCAUCGACGAGUGGAAACUCAAGCUCGCCCUCCUCGACUUCCUUCGCUCCCAUCCCCUCUCCCUCUCCGUCCCCGAUGACGACCUCGUCAUCCGACGCCGCCCCGACCUCCACAAGCGCAAGCGCGACGAGCCCGUGGCCUCCGGGACUCUCUUCGUCCGCGACCUAGGGUUCCUCAAGAGCGAGAACCGAGAAGGGGACGAGGAGGACGAGGGGGCGUCGAGGAAGAGGUUCUUGGACUGGCGGAGCACCUUCGUCGACCGGCUUGCCGGGAUCGAUUUGAACCUCGAGGGCGUCAAGUUCAAGAUGACCGUGGAGAUCCCGCCGGCGGAUGAUUUUGAGCUGAUGAAGAAAUCAUGGGAGGAUUAUUAUACCUCACAAUUGUUGGAUUCCCGAAGGGCAUUUGCCAGGCGACCAGACACAGUCAUUGUUCGGGGUGUUCCUUCUCGCUGGUUUGCGGAGCCACGAGUGUCGUCCAAGGCCUCGAUGUUGGUUACUCAUACCAUUUUUUCCACACUGGGGAAGAUAAGGAAUCUUAAUGUUGCCAGCGACGAUGAUUUAGGUGUGAAAUCAGAAGACUCUAAAGAAGAGAUUAUUUCUGGACUUAACUGCAAAGUCUGGGUUCAGUUUGAGAGUUAUGAUGACUUCUACAAUGCCAUGAAGGUGUUAUAUGGACGGUCAAUGCAGAAGGAAGGCUCACGGCUUAAAGUAGACUAUGAGGUAUCUUGGGACAGAGAUGGCUAUUUCCGGAGCGUAAAUCAGAAGCCUUAUAGAAGUUACAGACAGGAAAGGGAUAGUUCAACCCAGGUUAUGGCAGGAAAUAUAAGAAAUGAACCCAGUAAAAAUCAGCCCCACAUCACAUUUGAUUCUAAUGGUUCGCGGCGCAAACGAUUCAGGGAAUGAGGGACCACGCCAAUCUUGGAACCAAGCUGGUCCUCCAGAUACAGAGGCCUGAGAGGACAAUACAGGAACUGCAAACUCGCAGCUGCAGCUAUGUUGUAUUUUGUUCAGACUUGCACAUGUUUUGAAUUAAUUUUAAUUUUAGGACCAACAGAAUAUUCAUCUGAAAGUAAUGUGUUUCAGCUUCUUCUUCUUUCACUA